ACUUCAAAAUGUGAUGUGGGAAGGAGCUGGAUGGAGAUUAUUUAUUUGGCUAUGUUACUGAACUUCGUUAUCAGACAGUACCAGGAAGAGCUUUUCCUACUACACAAAAGUGGCUCCUACCCGUUCGUUUAAGAUGAGCAUACUUCCUCCAGUCAGAAGGGAUAGAAUCAUAGCACAGUUGCCUCAGAGUUUCUCCAGUGAGGCAGCAUUGCAUACAAGGCCGAGCUUCCACACCAAAGUAACAAGUGCUUGUCAGGCCCAGAAGACAGGGACUGUUGGGUUUAAAAUUUCAAAAAUUAUUGUGGUGGGUGACCUUUCAGUUGGAAAGACAUGUCUAGUCAACAGGUUUUGUAAAGACACUUUUGACAAGAAUUACAAGGCAACAAUUGGUGUGGACUUUGAGGUGGAACGCUUUGAGAUACUAGGAGUCCCUUUCAGCUUGCAGCUGUGGGACACUGCUGGCCAGGAAAGAUUUAAGUGCAUAGCAUCGACGUACUACAGAGGAGCACAAGCAAUUAUAAUUGUAUUUGAUGUAAACGAUGUGGCCUCCCUACAGCAUACAAAGCAGUGGCUUCGUGAUGCCUUAGAAGAAAAUGACCCUACAUCUGUUUUGCUAUUCCUGGUUGGGACGAAAAAAGACCUCAGUUCGCCAUCACAGUACUCACUUAUUGAAAAAGAUGCUAUAAAAGUUGCAAAAGAAAUAAAGGCAGAAUACUGGGCUGUUUCAUCCUUAACAGGAGAAAAUGUAAACGACUUUUUCUUCCGAGUUGCAUCUUUGACAUUUGAGACUAAUGUGUUAGCAGAGUUGGAGAAGACUGGACCUAGAAAGAUUGGUGAAGUCAUCAGUAUCAAUAAGAACAAUGAAAACCUGUACUUGACUGUGAAGAAAAACAAGUCCAGCUGCUGUCGCUGAUGAAGGACCAGUAUGCAGUGUGGUUUCCCCAGACCAAAGGUCUCAAAAGUUGGAUCCAAGUUAUUGCUGACAUGAGCUUUCCAGGAAAAGCUUGUGCUUUCUAGCUUCAUAUCUGAAGAAGAGCUGUAUUGUUGCAAAGAGCUAGUCAAAAGUCAUACCAGCAUCAGAAAUCCAGUCUUAACAGAAAUCAUUGCACUUUUCCUGUUUGCUUGUGUCACACAUCGCUAAAGUAUAUAUUUUCUCUCUUGCCAAUAUUUUGCCUAAGUAUAUAAUUUUAUGUUCAUUGAUAAGGUACCAGCUGGCUUAAACAUCAGAAUAAACCCCUCUUUAUACAGCAGGUGUUCUUGAUAGAGAUGUUGCAGCAGUCAGUGAAUAUGGUCUAGGAGUUGGGGUCAGCAUCUGUAUUGUUUUUGUCACUUGUCAUGGUAGUGGUUAGUCUAAUCUGCGUUAUUUUUUUCUGUUCUGAACAGGCUUAUAGGUUGUAGUGUAAAGAGAAAUAAUGUGUAUGUUGUUUGUCUGUAUGUGUAUUCACAUGUGUGGUCUGUUUUAUUUCAGUGUGCACUACAUGCCACUGCAUUUUAGAGAGCGAAGCCAUAAAUUUUGUGCACGUUUUUUGUAAUCCUUAAGGUUUCUGUCGAUUGACAUUUUUUUACAUUUAGUGUUUUUAUUGCUGCUUCUGAUGUGGAGUGGUAUGCACAAAUCUUAAAUGAAAUAAUGCUUAUAAUUUGGAAAUGCAUUUGUGUGUGUGUGUGUGUGUGUGUGUGUGUGUGUGUGUGUGUGUGUGUGUGUGUGUGUGUGCAUGCGCUCCCCUAUCUACCCAUUUGUUGACGUUUACAUUUCUGGUUCCUGCAGUCCUAGCUUCUCCAGCAGAGGGCACUGUAAGUACUAGUGUUGGAGGACUGUCUCUAAAACCUCAGCAGCUAUGAUCUGGGGAACUGCUCGUUGCAGCUGUGCAGAUUGACUAUGUCUAUCUUGUAGACUUUUUUCUGUCUAAAACCCAUUCUCAACAUAGGUAGUAGUUUCAGCCAGCAGUGACUACAGUGGUCAGAAGUAUAGUGCCAUGAGUGCUGUGGCAUUUUAAAUCGACAGUUCAAGAAACUUUGCACAUCAUUUGAAGUGUGAUCCAUGAGAUGUGGAAAUAAAGUGUAUGGUGAUGACUUCCACUUCCUACUGUAUCUCUUUAGCAUUCAUUUGUGUAGAUGAAACUCCUACUCAUGGUUGUCUUUUAUGGUUGACUCUUCACAGUGGUGGAAGACAUGAAUUCACUCUCAGUUGCGUCUGAAUUUAAACCAGGACCAGUUUUAUGUUUAUUCCAUAUAUUUUUUUCUGAAUUAAGAAAGCAGUCCUUUUGUCAUUCGUUUUGGUUAAGUACUCUUGUUCAGACUGGAGUGGAACAAGUCUAAUAUUUUUUUCUGUAUAUUAUGUUAAUAUGUUUUAUUUUCAAAUGUUUAUCAUGCCAGCAAAACUCUUUUUGUACAAUGUUAAAUAGGCUUUGACAAGCUGCAAUGCAGUUAGUCAAUAAAUGAUUAUGAAAGGC